AUGGGCUCCGAUACUUUCUCGACCCUAGAGUCCCUUCAUUUCCCGGAGCAGCUGUCAAUCUCCCAGACACUUUCGUCUCUGUGUCGAUCGGCGCUGUCCGUCGCCAAUCGGCUCCAGUCUAUUAAAACAGAUGCCACCUUUGCGCAGGAGGUCGCUGACCACUAUGGCUUACCACUGGUUGCUAAUGAGCGCUGCGGAAGCUGGUAUAUUCCGCCAAUGGCCAAAGCUGGCAGCGCUUAUUUCAAGAGCACCGAUGGCCACACCGGCCAGGGGAAAGCCUGUAUCACUAUCUACCUUACACGAACAAACGACAUUUUCGUUGGGUUUAGGAGCAUGGCUCGAGUGUGUCUCAGCAUUCUUCGAGGAAUAUGCCCUCAUCCGCCAGACGAGUGUCGCCGAUCUCGAACCUGA